CCCAGAGCGCGUACCGUACCUGUCUCCAUCGACCAAGUUCCCCCGUGACGGCUGGGGACUGUCAAGACGAGCCAGGGCCAAGGCCAGUGAGAGAUCCAACUUCCAUGGUCACAGUCGAUGGAGAUCCCCUUUUCCCAUGCAUGCAUGUACUGCUUUGGGUCAGGUCAGUCGUUCCGUUCGGGUCUCAUCUCGUCUCUUGUAUUUUUUUUUCCUUUCGCUUUUGGUCCACGCCGAAUUCGUUCCUGACUUUCACUUCCCCCCCUCUCCUGAUGUUCUAGAACAAAAAGAUUGAAUCCACACGUUUUCUUGCCUAUUACCGGCGAACCCACGCUCCUUUUAAUUCUCUUUUAUUACUUUUUUUCCUACUCCCUCUCUCGUCUCUUUUUUUUUUUGUCUCCUGGACCUGAACGUACCUAGGUGAGGUACUAGCUGGGUAUACAACCAAGUUGCCUGCCUUCCGGAUCCUGCGUCCAUCCUCCCCAUCCAGCCGCCCCCUUGCGCCUUCCUCGACCGCUUAUGUUGUCAACCUCUCUCUGCUGGAAUCCGACCGCCGACUUUUUUUCGUUUAUAAUAUCAACUUAAACGCAACUUAUUUGCCUGCACGGCGCAUAACCCGGGCCUCCCAGUCUUUUCUGCCGGUUGUAAGACGUACGCUUCUGCUCUUUUGCGUUGCAGCAGCAUAAAGCAGCAGCGAAUAAGCGGCCAAGGACCCCGACAGUUCACCGAUCAAAGAGAGAACAAACACUUUCAGCCCGUCGUUUGUGCCCGGGACCCUCAAUUGCAUUUUCUCCCUGCCAUUGCCACAGCCCUUAAUUGGUUUCGGAACUUUGUCUUGUUUUUCUUUCUUGUUCCUUUUUUCCUCUCUUUUUCUUUUCUCUUCCCCCCUCCUGUCUCCUUCUCUAUUGUUUCGGGUCGCCAAAAUUUAGAACUAGAUCUCAAGAGUCUCUUCGGUGGACAGUUCUUUCUUUGUCUUUAUACUUUCUCGACGCUCCUUCCAGGAACCAAAUUCUUUGGUAUUGGUCUUGUCCUUUGGCCUCAACGGACAUCGACACCCACACAAAUAUCACCGACGACGUUCCCGGUCAGCCGUUGACGCGAACCGACCGAUUCAGGAGAUCCGAAACCUACUGGAAUCACCCAAUAAGAAAAGAAGAGGAGGGAAUCUUGCUGCCUGCCUGGGCUGCUGGUUACAGCGCCAUUUCGAACUCUGUGCCUGGGCUCUCUAUUGCUUUGGUCCGACGACUUUGGGAAAACGUAGCGGGGGUGUUAAGGAAGAAAAACAAAAAGCAGAAAAUUUCUCAAGGGCAGAUUGACCGACGACAACCCCGAUUGGCGGUUCCUUUCAUUGGCUUGCUGCGUUGCCGUCGGUGGCCCUGUUUUCUAGCUGCGUCUAGCCAACUACGGAACGCAGCCCUUUUUGUCAGCCAUUCCUGUCUUUAUCGACUUUGUCUUUGAAGCACCUAGCCGCAAGCAGACGGCUGACUGCCAGAUUUUGGGUCGACUCGACAUCAACCGAACUGCUCAGAAUCUUAUGUGCGUUUUCUUCUGUUGUCUGCAUCAUCGCUAGCAGCUCGAGAAAAUAAAUUUGCCUAGCAUUUGCUCGGGCCAUAUAAUUCAUCGCCGCCAUCUCUUCAUCCAAGUUGGCUGUGCCGGUGAAGCUUUACAGUUCUCGCUAGACAGGAGCAACAUUUUAGACACAUGGGCAGGAUGACUGAGCAAGGGGCUGGGGGAAUGGACAGUGGGUUCAUGGGUCAUGCUCGUACCAAAUCCGACGCAGAUGCCGUUCCACCAAAAGACACCGCCGUCGAUUCCAGGGGGAAAACCACGAGCGAAGACGAUACCGAGUUCGCCCCAGCAGUGACAUCCGACCAGGUUCCCCGGAGAGCGGAUGAGAGACACGAGUCGGCUGCCCCUAAGGGGAUGCUGUCAUCCACAGUAGCGCGCAACCCGUCCAGCAGUUCAACCCGAUCCGAGUCACCAUUAACAAGAGGAAACUCUUCAAGUCAAACAAAUGGCCCAAUAGAUUUCUCAAGGUCAGCGCCAAGCGGGCCUUUAGAACCGCCAGUGACCAAAACCACGCUGAGCGAGCUGGAUGUCAACAAAAUUAUCCACAACCCGAAGCUCAGACACGACAUAAACUUCGAUCCCGAGCUACACUUUAGGCCAAACCUAGACGGUGAAAAGGGGAGGAGAAAACAGCAAAAGGCCGACCAAUUCUGGGCUAGCUUGAAGGAGCAACUGACACUUUUCGUAACGGAUCGCGAGACUUUUUUGUCCAGGUACGGCGAGGAUGCACAGUGGUGUCUGCCGCGACUGCUCAAGGCAGUAAAGGACAUUAUUCAAACACUGGUUCCAUCUCGGGACCGCCGCUACCUGAGCGAAGGCCUAAAUGUCGAGCUGCUGAUCCAACAGUUCAAUAGGGGUGUAGCCGAUCUGGAGAAGCUGGCUUCCUGGCUGUCGUCGGUUCUCAAGCUUCACUGCGCCCCUAUGAGGGACGAAUGGGUCGAUGAGAUGUACCGCGAGCUCAGCAAUGGCAAUCGCAACAACGACAUCAACGAGCUCGUUAAGGGCAUGCGAAGCCUCUUGAGCGUGCUGGAAGCCAUGAAGCUUGAUGUGGCGAACCACCAGAUUCGAUGCUUGCGACCGAUGUUGAUCGAGGACACGGUGAACUUCCAGCAGCGUCUCUUCUAUAAGAAGCUUCAGGCGCGUAAGUUGCCGGUCGACGCCGCCAAGCGCUGGUACAGCAGGUCCGCUCGGGAACACUCCGGUGUUGCCACGCACUCCGAAGCUCUCCAUAGCCUUGGGGACAUGGCCACCUUCUUCUACGGUCUUUCGAACUUGGUCCUUCCGUCUAGCUCCACCCCUACGGUCCCUGAUACUUUUGUAUUCGACGAGGACCGCAUCCUGAAGCUGAGGUCUGAUGCCGCAGACGCCAUAUGCGUUGACAUUUGCAUGAGGCAAUAUGAGGAUCUGGAGCAGGUUUCGCAGAUGAUGCCACCAUCUAUGAGCAACGCGCAGCCGCCGACGCUGGUACCUGCCUACAUACUGGAGGAAGAGACAGUGCGUUCCAACCGAUCAUCAGUCGAUUUUGAUUUCAACACACCUCCGACGUCGUCGUCAAGACUUAGCUGGCAAUCUGGGUCAAGCCCGUGCCUCUCCAACACGCCAUCACCUCGUAAUUCCGGCUGCAUGUUCCCUCAAGUCGCUCCCACCAGCGCCGCCGACUCACGCGCAAAGUCAGCGAAGCUUUAUUCAACCCUGGUCGACCUGUUGCAAACUGCCCCAUCGAUGCCCACGCCGCAGCAACGGUGGCAAAGCCUGGUUCCCGAUGUCGCAAUCCAGAUCAUGCGAUUCGUCAAUGCGCCGCAAGACCUCUUGCCUCUCAUUGAACGUCGCUUGGAGGACUCGCUUGCCGAUUUCAACAGCGAUAAGUUUUUGGACGCGCAGCACAGCUUCCAUUCACGCCUGUUCAGCGAGUUAGCCGGUAAGGUGCGCGAGUUUAAGAGCCUUUCGGGCUUGAGCCUUUUCACAGCAGCUACCAACAGCCGCGUCACGAACCCGGGCGGUCGUUCCCAAGGCGCCAGUCAGUUCCUUCAGGUUGAUCGCUCCCGGCAGGCCACGGCUGAGGAGCAUGGCCUGGAGGAUAUGGCCACGCGCAUGGCACACAUCGGACUUCUUCACUGGCGGGUGUGGUCAGAACUCGUUUACCGUGAAGUCGACGUCGAGGGCGAUGAGUCGAUGGAGAUGUCUGACGCUUAGUGCGAAAGUCUACCAGCUCCCUUCACUCUGGCUUCCCUUCAUGUCGCAUAAACCACUACCCUACAGCACACUCGUCUACUCCUAAAUUGGCCUUUACAAAUGCAUAUCUCGGCGGGAUUCACUUAUGUUUCCGCCACUCUAUCUCCUUUUAAUAAUCAAGAAUACCCCUGGGAAUCGCCCAAGCAGGCUUCCCUGUAAUUCGUCUACAUUCGCAUCACUGAUAUCAACUCCUGUAUUCCCCGCCUCUUUGAGCAGGCGGAGAACAUUAUUGUGUGGGCCGCCUAUUUCCAGGCCACAGUACACAACAUUAUCUGGAUUGUUCUACCUUGUUUGUCUUUUUUUUUUGGAUUUGGGUUGCUCUUUUUUGUUUCUCCUCACCAUUAGAGGGGGCGCUGGAGUUCAGGCGAGUUUCUUUUGGAACUAUUCGCACAUAGACAUGGUUUGAUGCGCAUUAGUAGCAAUGCUUAUUAUGGCAAAGGCGUCUUUUUGUUUUGUUCUGCUGUCAAAUCAAAUUAUUGCUAGUCACAGUCAAUUUAACUGUCUUCACUGGUCCUCGUCAAAUGUCUCUUGACGGUACCUGUUACAUU